UAUAAAGACAUAGGAGUAUCAUAUUCAUAAAUACUAGUAGUAAAUCUCUCUGUCUCUCUCAACAAAUUGAUAUGGAUAUUAAGAUGAUGAAGAAGAAGAAGAAGUGCAAAAGGUUCAGCAUCAACGACAACAUGGACGUGUUGAUAGAGAUCUUAAAGCGGCUGGACGAGAAGUCAAUGGGCGUGGCGGCCUGCGUGUGCCGCCUGUGGUGCGCCCUAACGAGAAACGACGCCCUGUGGGAGCACCUAUGCUUCCGCCAGCUGUCUCCGCCUCGGGAGGGCGUGAGGACGGUGGUGGCGGCGCUCGGGGGGUACCGCCGCCUCUACACGCUCUGCGUCAAGCCUGUGCUCACCCGCCUCGCCAACGCCAACGCCAAGAGGACCACCCAUGAGGUCGACCUCUCCCUCUCCCUUUUCUGCGUCGAUUAUUAUGAGAGGCUCUUUCUCGCCGGCGCCGCCACCCCGCCCUCCUCCCUCAUCUUUCUAUGCAAAGCUGGAUGACUUAGAUAUUCUAUUUAUUUUUCAAAUUCAAUUCAAUAUAAAUAAUCACAUUCAUUUCUUCUUUCCUUUUCUCUCCACACUUUUAUUUAUUUCUUUCUGA